UCAGGUGACGCAGUCAGAAGCACACCUGCCGCUUAUUAGCGGCCUGUCCGUCCCGACCUGGCCUUCACGUAGGGAAACAGAAAAGUUUGAAUCACGUGAAUUUUCGAAAUGAACUCCUUGGAGUAUUCGUUGGUCUUUUUCAUUCUGGUGCCUCAUUCUUUCGGCCGCUGCUUUGACAUGUCCUUUUCUUUGUGUUGGAUGGGGGAAAAUGACGCUCUGCAAAGACAAAACAGAGACUUAUUUUUCAAUGGUACCUCGUUAAAAUCCAUCACAAAGGCAGGUAAAGUGAGCUCCUUGAAGCUGUUCCCGCUUGUGGAAAACAAGCUUACCUUCCAGUAUGGGGGCUCCAACCUGAGGUGGACUAUAACAGUCAGCCCACGCACAAAGACCGUCAAAAUCACAGGCCGACAAAAACCUUCAGAACAUCCAACAAAUGCCACAAAGGAUUUCCUGGCACUGCUGAAUCCCGCAGAAGUGUUUGUGUGUGAAAAUGGAACCACAUUCUUUCACCAGGAUGAAAACUUCUUUCUUGCAAUUGGACACACAUUGCGCUUCCCUCUGAAGUUGGAGGGGAGAAGUCCAACCAUGUUUUUGGUGUCCUGGAUGGAGAUGGACCCAAGCGUCCUCAACAUUUACAGCUUGACUGUGUACCACAGGGAACUGGGUUCUUAUAACGUCUUUACAGAAGAAACCACCGAGCGGAACCACCACCGCUUCUCUGCUUUGGAUCCCUGCAGCCACUACCUAGUCUGUGUGGAGACGGCAGACAGCCAUUCCUUCACCUGCCUCUCUGCCAUCACUGACCCUGAUGUCCCAAAAGAUUUUGAAGUGACGACGUGGAACAGUAGCUGUAUAUCUUUGUCCUGGGACUGUCCUGUCAACAUGAAGUACUCACUCUUCCUCCUCACAGUCUUCUACCUGAACGGCACAGACCACAUCUGGGACGAGGUCAGCCUGUGGCUCAGGGACGACACGUUUGAGUUCACCCUGUCGGACCUGCAGCCCUGCAGCCGCGUCAAGUUCGGCCUGCAAACUGUCUGCCAGGCAGGACUGGAAACCGGCUACAGCAAGAUAGUUCUGAACGAAGGAAAUUCUGGUCAUUCCAACAUCGAUGCCCUGCUUCAGACAUCGUUUGGUCCUGACAACUACACUCUAAGCUGGGAGGUGGGAAACAUCUCCUUCAUCUCAAUGUUCAGAGUUUACCACCAGGGGGAGCUGCAAGGCACCACACUCCUCACCAGCUACACCGUGGGGGGACUUCUGCCAUGCUACAAGUACCAAGCCAAGGUGGAGGCGUUGUGUGGAGAGAACGUACUCAUGAACGCCAAAACAGUUGAAGCGCACACAGGAUCCCGUGGCGUGUCUGGUCUCAGGUAUCGCUCUAAUGACUCCACGGUUGUGUGGACACCCAGCACCUUGCAGCAGACUGCUGUGGCCUACAUUUACAAACUGUCACUGGAGAAUGGGCCAGUCAUCCAGAGCAGCCGCCUGUUCGAUACCAAGUUGCCGCUCCCACAGCUGGAGGAGGGCAAGUCCUACGUCCUGGACGUGUGGGAGGAGUGCGGCGGACGGUGGGAGUCUGAACAUUCUCACUUAUGUUUUAAAGGAUCAAAUUCCUCAUUUGAAAUCCAUGUCAGAGCUGCAGAGUUUACUGAAGAUCCAGAACUAGCACUGGAUUAUGACAGAAUGGGUCUGGUUAUGGUCGUGCCAUGGACACUGCCCAAAGACCUGGAGGAGGAACUCAGAAUUAAGCUGGCUCAGAUCUUUACCAAGAAGAUGCAGGAGCUGUUGACGGACUUCGCUCAGCCAGUCCAGGUUGAGCUUGAAUCCUUUGAAGCUGCAGAUGAUCCUCAUACAGAGAUUUGGUUUCAGUCCUUCGAUGCAUCUAGACCAGAGAAGGUCUUCCUCCCUGUCAGUGAUCAACUGCAUCACAUCGAGUCCCUCAAUGAUCCCAACAUUACGGUGAAGAACGGUGUUAUUUACUGGGAUGCACCAGACCUGUGUGCCUCCUCAGAGCAUCACUUUUGUCCUCCUCAUUCUCUAUGCAUCAACACGUUGGGCUCCUUCUCCUGUGUGUGUCGGCAAGGUUAUCAUGAUGUAAGCUCUGUGACCCUUCCUGCUGCAGCUUUACGUCCGGUCUGCAAAGAGGGGGGUUUCUUCAGUCAGUGUCUGGAAAAGUCCAUGAUAGGUGGCAUAGCCAAAGCUUACCUGACCUCUCACGCCAGCGGAAAGGUGCAGGUGAAGUUGAAUGAUGGCCGUUGUUCAGUGAACGAGACAGAGAAGCUGUUUUUCUUCCACAUCCCACGGAAAUCCUCCCAGUGUGGAUCAGAGAAGCAGGUAAACAGAACUCACAUCACGCUGCAGAACACGCUGUCCAUCACUCUGGUCAAGGGGCAAACCAUCAGCCGGCGGGACCUGAAAGUCAUCUGGAAGUGCGUCUAUCCAAGACAUUAUGUCAGCAAUGCCCGCGUGGCGUCUGACACACUGUGGCUGUCCUCAAUUUAUUUGGUGGAGUUCAACUCGUCUCUUUCUCUGGGUCUGAGCCUGGUGCUGUUCAGGGACAGCUCGUUCACUCGCUCUUACGAAGAAACUGUCAGCUUGAGCUUUGAGGACACCCUGUUCUUCCAGGUUUCACUGCAGACAAACAGCACAUUUGCCUCAGAUGUGCUCCUGCAGGUAGAGUCCUGCUGGGCCACCGAGAGCCCCAACCCGCAGGAUGAGGUCCAGGCUCUGCUUCUGUUGGACAGCUGUCCUGCUGAUGACACCUUUCUGUGGAUGUCAGUGAACGGAGACUCGCAGAUCAGCAGAUUUUCCAUCCAGAUGUUCUCGAUGCCAAAGAGGUUACACAUUUACUUUCACUGCCUUGCCAACAUAUGUGGACCUGAUGAAGACUGUACUAAGAGCUGCACCAGCGAGGUGCGCUCCAAAAGAUCGGUGAGGACUGAGGGGAGGAACAAGAAACUGGCCGCUGUCGUCUCUGCAGGACCGCUGGUUGUUGACAUGAGGGUGAAGUCUGUACAGCCGUCUGUCUGGUCAGAACACAUGACCGCAGUGUUCAUCGUGGCUUCAUCCAUCAGUCUUUUGGGACUGACCGUUCUGUCGCUCAGUGCAGCUAAAGCCAUCAUGACGUACUUUGAACAGCAACAGCAGUGAGCAGUUUGAGUUUCAUGUGAUGGUAAUAAAUGCAUUUUAACCUUA